CAAACCCUAAUUAAAAAAAACAAGAACACAAGGCAUCAUUCAUACGAAUUCUCCUGUAUAAGUGUGUGGAGUUCACGGCAUUUGGAUCGAGAAUCUGAGAGAUAUCGAUAUGGGGAGCGUUGCUGCAGAGCCGAGGACGUUGGAGAAUGGAGGGCACAUGAAGGGUUCGAGCAGAGAGCUGAGACAUGGAAGAACAGCUCACAACAUGUCGUCUUCUUCCCUGAGGAAGAAGUCUGAUCUGAAAAUGAUCCAGAAGGUUCCUUGCAAAUGUCUCAAAGAUUUCCUCGCGAAUCUCCAGGAAGUCAUCCUCGGAACCAAACUCUCCGUUCUUUUUCCCGCCAUCCCCCUCGCCAUUGUCGCCAACUCCUACGGCUUCGCUCGCCCAUGGAUAUUUGCAUUGAGCUUGCUGGGGUUGACACCUCUCGCGGAGCGUGUCAGCUUUCUGACAGAGCAAAUAGCCUUCUAUACCGGUCCAACGGUGGGAGGACUGUUGAACGCCACGUGUGGUAACGCCACGGAGCUGAUAAUAGCGGUACUGGCGUUAGCCAGCCACAAGAUCGACGUGGUCAAGUACUCAUUGCUGGGUUCCAUUCUCUCCAACCUCUUAUUGGUUCUCGGCACUUCCCUCUUCUGCGGUGGCAUUGCCAAUCUCCGUAGGGAGCAGCGGUUCGACCGGAAACAAGCCGAUGUGAAUGCCUUCUUGCUGCUGAUGGGGCUGCUUUGCCACUUGCUACCAAUGUUGUUCAACCAUGUGGCCACCGGAGAAUCAUCGGCAGCUCUGAUUUCCGAGGCGACGUUAACUCUAUCGCGGGCAAGCAGUAUCGUUAUGUUGAUCGGUUACAUAGUUUACCUCGUCUUCCAGCUUUGGACACACCGUCAGUUAUUCGAGGCCCAAGAGGACGACGAGUAUAACGAUGAUGUUAGUGAUGAAGAAACUCCAGUGAUCGGAUUCUGGAGUGGAUUUAUUUGGCUGGCCGGGAUGACCAUCGUCAUCGCCUUGCUAUCCGAGUAUGUGGUGGGAACCAUCGAGGAUGCUUCGGACACUUGGGGAUUAUCGGUGAGUUUCAUCAGCAUCAUUUUGCUGCCCAUUGUUGGAAACGCGGCCGAGCACGCGGGAGCGAUCAUUUUCGCGUUCAAGAACAAGCUCGACAUAUCUCUUGGUGUCGCGUUAGGUUCUGCAACUCAGAUCUCCUUGUUCGUGGUUCCCUUGUGCGUCAUUGUUGCAUGGAUAAUGGGAAUCGAUAUGGAUCUCAACUUUAACAUCCUCGAGACUGGUUCUCUGGCCCUCGCUAUUAUCAUCACCGCCUUCACCUUACAGGACGGAACUUCUCAUUACAUGAAGGGACUGGUUCUCUUGCUGUGCUACGUAAUCAUCGGUGCCUGCUUCUUCGUCAACAGAAUUCCUCCGAUGAAACAACCAGCUGAGGUUACGGACUUGAGAUUUGGACCGUUGAACGCCGGCGGCGGAGGAAUCUUCUCAGCCUAAAGAGAUCGCCGUGUGUCCGAUCGAGAAAUCGACGACGAAAGGGAAUGGAGUAUUGAUUCGUUGACCUGUCAGAGGGAAUCCCUGGAUCUUGGGGCGUCAUGAGUUUCAGUUCGAUAUUUAAUACUAAAGAUCAGGUGCUUGAUGAAGACAGGUUUCUAGACAUGCUCUGUCUUGAGGGCAUUUUGCUUCUCUUGUUUUGUUUCCUCUUCAAAUCUUUACUUCUCUCCAUGUUCUCUCUCUCUCUCUCUAAAUGUUGUUUGGCCUCCUUGUCCGGUAAUAAUUGCAUUUUUCAAUGUAAUCAUAAUAAUAAAUAAUAGCAAUAUAUAUUGUUAUUGUUU